UAAGAUCUAUGUUAGAAUCAAAAGAAAAUCCUAACCUGCAAAUAUAGCAAAUUAUAGUUUUACUCACAGUAAGAAUAAAAAACUAUUUAUGAUUUCUUGUAACAAUGGUGUAUUAUUUCGAGAGUACUGUGGUUUCGCCUCCAGUUCUACUAUUCAUGGGUUUCGACAAAAACGAAAAUGAAGAUCUAAUAAGAUGGGGCUGGCCUGAAGACGUUUGGUUCCAUGUUGAUAAAGUGUCUUCCGCCCAUGUCUACCUAAGAUUGCGUCAGGGCCAAACUAUAGACGACAUACCUUCCUCGGUCCUCGAAGACGCUGCUCAGCUCGUCAAAGCCAACAGUAUAAUGGGAAACAAGAUGAAUGAUGUGGAUAUUGUGUAUACGAUGUGGGCGAAUUUGAAAAAAACGCCCGAUAUGGAUGUCGGUCAAGUAGGCUUUCACAAAGAGAAGGAAGUGAGGAAAAUGAGGGUAGCGAAAAGAAUAAAUGACAUCGUCAAUAGGCUAAACAAAUCGAAACGAGAGGAACACCCAGACUUCAGGGCGGAAAGAGAGAAACGAGACAGACUGGAAAGGGAGGAUAAGAAGAAGGUGUUGAGGGAACAAAAGAAAAAGCAGGAGGAGGAAGAGAGGAAACGAAGGGACGAUGCAGAACUUAAAAGCUACAACUCGCUAAUGAGCGCUGAAACUAUGAGCAAAUAUGACGAUGGUAAUGAUUCAGACGAAUUUAUGUAACAAUAUAGUUGAAUAAAUGGCAGUUUAUAAAUUUUUAUUAGUAAAAUCAA